AUGACCUCCUCAAGUCCGUGUUGUGGGAAGACCGUUCUGGCACCAGGAGCUGGAGGAAAGAGGUCGGGUUGGGAGGCAACUGCUGUAAAGCGGACAAUUCUCAAUUUUGAACCAUAUGGACUCUCCUUUUCUUCAUCUGGCUUCACUGGACGACAGUCUCCUGCUGGCAUCUCUCUUGGUUCAGAUAUAUCUGGGAAUAGUGCUGAGACAGGGCUGAAAGAGACAAAUAGCUUGAAGCUGGAAGGUAUAAAGAAAUUGUGGGGGAAGGAGGGCUAUCUUCCCAAGAAGGAGAGCAAAACUGGUGAAGAAACUGAAGCUCUGCCUAUUCCUCAAGAGAGUAUAAUGGAGAAUGUAGAUCAAGCUAAAACAAAAAAGGAUCAGUGUCAAGUGCUUACCCAAUCUAAAGAAGAGAAAGAAAAGCAGCUGCUGGCAUCAUCAUUAUUUGUUGGACUAGGAUCAGAAAGCACUAUCAAUUUGCUUGGAAAAGCAGAUAAUGUCUCUCACAAGUUCAGAAGGAAAUCAAAAAUCAAGGAAACCAAAAGUGGAGAAACAGCCCAUUCUCACAGUAUGACCUGUUCUUCUGUUAGUUCUUUGUCAAAUGUGUCAUAUGAUGAAGAUUAUUAUUUGAAUACUUUACAGGAUAGAGGAGACAAGGAACUAAAGAAAUUUUCUCUCAGUUUGGAACUUUUGGAUUCUGAGCCUCUCACAGAACUACCCUUGGUUGAGAAACUCUCAAAUUGCAACCUGUCUGCACCUUCUUUGUUUGCUGAUAACGAUAUGGAAAUUUUUCACCCUCCUCAAUCUACUGCAGUCUCAGUUGCCAAGGAAAUGUCUUUAGCUUCUUCUUUUUUGGAGGAAACUACUGAAUGCAUACAUUCAAAUCUUAUGGAGGUCUGUAAUAAUGAAACCAUAUCAGUGUUUUCUUACAAAAUUUGGAAAGAUGAUUGUUUAUUGAUGGUCUGGUCAAUCACUAAUAAGAGUGGUUUGGAACUGAAAAGUGCUAACUUAGAAAUUUUUCCUGCAGAAAAUUUCAAGAUCACUGAGCAGCUGGGAUGCUGUUUGCCUGUAAUGGAAGCAGAAGGCACCAAAACCUUUCAAUAUAGUGUGCAGAUGGAAAAACCUUUUACAGAAGAGAAUCUUUCUGGUUUUAUAAAUUAUCAAAUGAUGGAUACUCAUUCUGUUCAAAUGGAAUUUUCCAUAAACUUAUCACUGUUAGAUUUCAUUAGACCAUUAAAAAUCUCAACUGAAGACUUUGGAAAACUCUGGUUAUCCUUUGCAAAUGAUGUGAAGCAAAAUGUAAAAAUGUCAGAAUCUCAAGCCACGUUGCCUUCUGCCUUGAAGACUCUGCAACAGAAACUAAGACUUCAUGUUGUUGAAAUUAUAGGCAAUGAAGGGCUAUUGGCCUGUCAGCUGCUCCCAUCCAUCCCGUGCUUACUGCAUUGCCGAGUUCAUGCUGACUUAUUAGCCUUAUGGUUUAGAUCUUCCUGCUCUACUCUUCCUGACUAUUUACUUCAUCAGUGUCAAAAGGUGGUGGAGGGAUCCUAGCAGAAGUUCUGCUUAAUUUUACUCCAUCAAGAUAAAUGGUUUACAUAGAUAAACUUAUUUACCAAAGUGGAAAGAACUCAUGGUACUUCUAGUGAAAGUGGGGAUUAUUACAAGUUAUGAUUUAUGUGUUUUCUUUAUGAUUCUUGGUCAAGAAAGAUCCCCAAGAAACUGUGUCCCUAACCUUUUACUCAGGAUUGUACAGUAUGUUUGGGUCCCAAAAAAGUGACCUAAGCUAAUGUUAUAAACUGCUAAUGGUUUAUAUAGCAAAUGGUUUAUAUAGCACUUAGUGUAGAUGGACUGAAAAUAUUUAUUUUGUUAUAAAUAAUUUUAUAGCAAGUUUACUCUAGUGCUAGCUAAUCUGUAGUAAAGCCAAGUCUCAGUUCUCUGCGUUAAUGGAAGGGAGACAUGAAAUUGAUAAUCUGAAACCUAAUCCAUAUUUGCUUUGGAAUACAGUGUAUGUUUCUUGGUAGGCAAGACAACACUUUCAAUUAUGUUUUGCUUAGAUUGGUGUUGCGCUAAGUCGGCAUAGCACACACUAACAGUUGUAGGAGAUUCAUGAACGUGUUAGAUAUUGGGGAGUCCAAUAUGUGGUAUAUUUUUUAUUACAGAUAACUUGUUAUACAUAAUUCCAGAUAAUUUGGCUAUAAAAUGUAUCUGUUUUUCACUUGCAAUUAUUAUAAAAUUCACAGUGAAUCACCGUAUUCUUAUUUUAAAAACUCAGAGCCAUUUACAAAAUAUUAUCAUAUAGAAACAAAACGCAUAAGAACCCACAGUACCAAAGCAAGCAGAUAUAAGAGGAUGGCAAAUUAAAAAGUGUGAUUGGAGUAUAAAUAGUAAAACUAUCUUUCCUGGCCUUUGAAUCCUUUAGCACUCAAUGGAUAUAGCUGAGGCAGUGAUUAAGUAUGCCAUACAGGUUCUUCAGUAAAAUAUAUCAUUUUCAUGUUAUAGUUAUGCCUAUAUUGCCUCUGUCAGAACUGUUACCAGUAAAAGAAGAGGUUAAUCCUAAUAUGGAUGAUGGACCAAAAUCUUGGGAUUGUACAUUAACUGAAAUAGUAUUUUAUAAAACCUUAUGGUGCUGUGGAAAAUAUUUUAUUAUUUCACUUUUUCUGACACUUUGCCAUGGAGACUAUUCAGGUAAUACAGUUUUAAGUCAUUGCAGUUAAUACUUUGGUUAAUUGGUACUGUUUAUCAACCAGGUCAGGAAUUCUGGUUUUAGUUUAUCUCAUCAAUCACAGCUGAUCAAGAUGCUAAGGGGAUUCCCCUGACCUAAUAGAUUUCGUUACUCAUUUGUGUCUAGAAUAUUUCCCUCCCUAAAAACAAAAGCAGUGUUUUGUUUUGUUUUCUCUUGAUUAAUUUUUAAGUUAUUCAAUAAAAAGAAUUAACAUCUUAUUAAUUUCGUUCUUUUAAAAAUGUACAGUAAAACCUUACUAUAAGAGCAAUAAGUGACUGGAAUUUCCUAUAUAAUAGGUUCCUCCUUUUGAAUAGAAAAUCAGAUUCAUCCUUAGGCUCCCAGCAGUAUCAUGAUGAAGGGAAUGUGCUGACUUUGGUGGUGUGGUGGACACUGGUAUCUAGUAGCCUCAUCAGCUUCCUCUUUAUUCCUACCUCUGUCAGCAGCAUCUGCUGCCCCUUAUCUGACUCAGCUGUUACUCUGACAAAGCGAGAGGAAGUGCCCUCUCACUUUGCAAAGGAGUGCAGCGUAUGGUAGAGGAGGUGUUCCAGCUUUUUGUGUUCUUACUUCCAUGUGUUUACAUGCUCACUGAGGCUGAGUCGAGUGUGGUACCAUAGGUUCAGGAUGCCCAGCAUGCACAUGGAGAGCUACUAGGGAGAGAUUACAAAGGGCUUUCUGUUCCUUUGUUAAAGUGUGUUCAUGAGUAGCAGCAGCAGUUGUCACGAGCGACAUGCUUGACAUACAGAGCUAUCUAAUGGUGGGAGAGGUGUAAUGGUAGAUUUAAGGUUGGUAGCAUGAUUUUGGGUCUGCCAAAGGGAAUAUAAUGUCACUUUUGUUCUUUCUGAACCCACUAAAUAAAAGUAGGGUAACAGAGUUUCUACUGAAAUGUUUAGUAGAAUGUUUACAAUUUUUAUAUUUUUAUGAUUUUAAAAACAAACAAUAAUAGAAAAGAGUAG